AACUCUCCUUCUCUCUCCCUUUAAAUCUCUCUCCCAGACUCAAGAACCCAAAAAUCUCUCUCUUCUCUGUUUUUCUUCUUCAUCUCUUUAUCUGAUCAAAUAAUAAUGUCUAAUCGAGGCGGUAGAGGAGGUAGUGGUGGUAUGAGAGGCGGUGGUAAUGGAGGUCGUGGUGGUGGUGGGAGAGGAAGAGGAGCACCAGCACCACCAUUAUCUUCAACUUCUUCUUAUUCUUCUUCUUCACUUCCAGAAGUUGGUUCAUCUUCUAGGUCAUCAACUAGUGUAGAUUUACUUACUCAAGAUGUUCAGAAAACUCUUCCUAUUCAAGAAUCAGUUUCUACUGUAACUGCUACUCCACCGGCUUCAUCAAAAGCAGUAAAGUAUCCUGCUCGUCCAGGUUUUGGAACGAUCGGUGCGAAAUGUGUUGUCAAAGCAAAUCACUUCCUUGUCAAACUUGUUGAUAAGGAUCUUCACCAUUACGAUGUUUCUAUCACCCCUGAGGUUACGUCAAGAGGUGUGAAUCGAGCUGUUAUUAGCCAACUAGUUGAUUUAUACCGUAUGUCACAUUUGGGGAGUUUGCAGCCUGUUUAUGAUGGCCGUAAAAGCCUGUACACUGCUGGUCCGUUGCCAUUUGAAGGGAUGGACUUUGUUGUUGAUUUGGUGGACAAGGAGCCAGCAAAAGGUGGUUCUAAGAAGACAAACAAGGACGGAAAGGGAGCUUUUCCUAGAAGAGAAAGAAAGUUUAAAGUUGCAAUCAAACUUGCGUCGCGACCUGACUUGCACCAUUUGCACCAGUUUCUUGCUGGUAGGCAAAGAGAUUCCCCGCAAGAAACAAUUCAGGCUCUUGAUGUCGUCAUGAGAGAAACACCAACCAGAAAUUAUGCUGUGGUAGGAAGGUCAUUCUUCUCCCCUAAAUUGGGAAACAAAAUGGACAUUGGUGAUGGUCUAGAGUGCUGGAAAGGAUACUACCAGAGUAUCCGCCCCACUCAGAUGGGGUUAUCGCUUAAUUUAGAUGUGUCUGCCACGUCAUUCUUUCAAUCAAUCAAUGUAGCGGAUUAUGUGAUCAGACUUUUGAACAUAAGAGAUACACAAAGGACUUUGUCUGAUGUGGAUCGUGUUAAGAUCAAAAGGUCCUUGAGAGGUGUUCGUGUUGAGCUGACUCAUAGGAAUGGCAACCGUCUAAAGAUUUCUGGCAUAACCUCUCAGCCUACGAACCAGCUUAUGUUCCCUGUUGAGGAUGGCACAAAUGAGUCGGUAGUUCUGUACUUCAAAGAAAAGUACAAGAUUCAGUUGAAGUAUGCUCAUUGGCCAUGCCUUCAAGCUGGGAGUGAUGCAAAACCUGUAUACUUGCCUAUGGAGGUAUGUGCACUAGUAGAAGGGCAAAAAUACUCAAAAAAGUUGAAUGAGAAGCAGGUAACCGGUCUCUUAAAAGCUGCUUGUCAGCGUCCCAAAGAUAGGGAAAGUAACAUCACAAAGAUCGUCAAAGAGAACCAUUACAUGGAAGACAAGUACGCCAAGGAAUUUGGAAUUACGGUUUCAGAAUUGAUGACAUCAAUCAAUAGUGCUCGAGUUCUGCCACCUCCUAUGCUGAAGUACCAUGAAGAAGGUCGGGAAGCAAGAAUUCAACCUCGUGUUGGGCAGUGGAAUAUGAUUAAUGCGCGUAUGGUGAAUGGUGGUAAAGUUGAUCAUUGGGCCUGCCUAAAUUUCUCCCAAAGAACAAGUCCGGACGCUGCAAAAUAUUUCUUUCAACAACUGGUUGGGAUGUGUAAGAACAAAGGAGUGGACAUUAAUCCAAUGCCGCUACUUCCAAUGUGGUCUGGCCGGUCUAACCAAAUAGAGCGCACACUUGUAGAUCUCCAUAAGGAAGCAACUUCCAAACUUGAAAAGAUGACUGGUCAAGGAAAACAACUGCAGCUUUUAAUUAUAAUAUUACCCGAUCAAACUGGAUCUUAUGGGAGCAUUAAACGGGUGUGUGAAACGGAGCUUGGAAUAGUUUCUCAAUGCUGCCAACCGAAACAUGCUUUCAAGGUUAAUCCACAGUAUCUGGAAAAUGUUUCUAUGAAGAUUAACGUGAAGGUUGGUGGCAGGAAUAAUGUUUUGGAAGAUGCUCUCAAAAAAAGACUCCCUUAUGUUACAGAGUGUCCUACAAUCAUAUUUGGUGCUGAUGUUACACAUCCUCCAGCUGGAGAAGAUUCCAGUCCGUCUAUUGCUGCGGUGGUUGCGUCUAUGGAUUGGCCCGAAGUAUCAAAAUAUCGUUGCUUAGUCUCUGCACAGCUCCAUCGUCAGGAAUUGAUUAAUGAUUUGUACAAGCUUCAGGAGGUUAACAAAAAGCUUGUACAUGGAGGAAUGAUUCGGGAGCAUUUGAUUGCUUUCAAGAAAUCAACUGGGUAUAAGCCACAUAGGAUUAUCUUUUACAGAGAUGGAGUGAGUGAGGGACAAUUUGCACAAGUCUUGCUCCAUGAAAUAAACGCUAUUCACAAGGCUUGUUCUUCACUCGAGGAAGGAUAUCUACCACCUAUCACUUUCAUUGUUGUACAAAAGAGACACCAUACUCGUCUCUUCCCUGCUAAUCACAUGGACCGUAACAUGACUGAUAGGAGUGGCAACAUCUUACCUGGCACUGUUGUAGAUUCUAUGAUUUGCCACCCCACAGAGUUCGACUUUUAUCUCUGUAGUCACGCAGGAAUCCAGGGGACCAGUAGACCCACUCACUAUCAUGUGUUGUACGAUGAGAACAAGUUCACUGCUAAUGGACUGCAAGUGCUUACUAACAAUCUUUGUUACACGUACGCCAGGUGCACCCGAUCUGUAUCCGUCGUUCCUCCAGCGUAUUAUGCGCAUUUGGGAGCUUUCCGUGCAAGGUAUUACACCGAGGGUGACUCGUCUGAGGGCAGUGAUUCUGCUAGCAACCGUGGUGGUGAGAAUACAAGGGCAGCAACUGCAGGCAUUCGCCCUUUACCAAAGAUCAAAGACUGUGUUAAGGACGUCAUGUUUUAUGUCUAAUGGCCUCAACUGAUUUCUCAGGAUUUCUGAAGGAUUGAGACUCUCCAGACUAGGGGUUUUAAGAGUUUAUUACUCGUGGUGUGUUUCCCAGUUAAACCUUUUAGUUAUGCUUUUGGUUUUUAAAGUACUUUGAGGAAUGGUGUUACUCUGUCUGGAGCUUUCCACUAAUUGUAUGCUUGAAGAGACUCUUUUCAAUUUCAUAUGUUCCUUGUGUCAGAAA